AUGUCGACCGACUACUUUGCCUUUGCCUUCUCCUCUGCCGUCAGCGCCAACCCCAGGAACUUCAGAGUGCUCCUUCUUCUGAGCCUGGUCCUGGGCACAGUCAUGGGCUCCCGUUUCUUCAAGUCUGGCAAGUUCAUGCCAGCCGGCUUGAUCUUCACUCUGUGCGCCGUCUCGGUGAUCCGCUACGGCCUCCGUCUGUUGUAG